UUUUCUGUUUUGCCCAGUUGUAGUCGCACGGAAUUAGAUGCGGCUAUAUUUUGAACGGUAAAUAAAAGUGCCGUGAAGUUUUAUGACUUAAGUGAUACAGAUAUUUGGUGUAUUGUGGUGCAAAAAUAAUGAAAUGAUGGGUCUGUCCGGACCGUUAGUUCUGUACCGGUCGUGGUGCGAUGCAUUCGUUUGAUUCCAAUAGACUUGGAAAGUUAAAUAGUUUUCGAUGUAUCGUUGUGUGGUUUUUGUGCAAUCGUAACUCUUAACAUGAGGAAUAUAAGAUUCUGUGUCGACUUGGUGCUAUGGAGUGCGAUAGCAUACCUCUUCGUUCUGCCAUUCUCGGAGACCAGGAUGGAGGAAAGCAUGGAGCCCCACCCAACCUCCACCGAGAAGCCGGAAGAAGUGUCCCGGGACGAACCGAAGAUUGAGAAAUGUUUCCACAUGCCCCGGGACAAGUGUCCCACAGACGGACAGAAGUGCACCCGCGUGGAUCCCGUGUCCGUCUUCUGCUGUGAUGUGGACAGCUUCCGUUUGAGGGAAGCCCUGGCUAUAUUCAUGACCCAAAACACGACUAAUCUCCAUGUGUCGAACGCAACAAUAAAGGACUUAGACGUGUCCCAACCAAUCUUCCGGAGGCUGACGUCCAUGGCGCUCACUGAUGGGAACAUUGGGAAGAUUGUCGGUCAAUUCCCAAAGCACUCUCCGAUCGUCUGCCUAAACAUAUCCAACAACAACCUCAGCAGCAUCACGCCGCAGCCGCCGCUAAGCCGUCCCUUCGCGUAUCUGUACGCACUCAAUGUGCUCGACGCAUCCUCUAACAACCUCACUGAGUUCCCACUCAGCCUCUUACAGAGCAAUCGGAAGAUACAUGUGGAUCUGUCAGGUAACAACUACCUUCCGUGCAAGCAUUUCCACAAGGCGAUGGAGGUGAACAGUCGCGAACCACUGCUGAAGUUCCUGCACUACAACAAGACGUACUGCGCCAUUGAUCUGAGAUACAACUGGUUCAAAGACGUCCAAAUAGUCCAGAUUGACCAUGUGUGGGUGCAGAAACAGCUGAACGAGAGCUGUCAGAACAUAAAGCCCGCAAACAUAAACUGCACGUGCACCACGGUGCUGGAACUGGUGGUAUCGAAGGAGGCCACGUAUGUGGUGGGUGUGGACUGCUCGCAGCGCGGGCUCACGGAGAUGCCGACCAACCUCCCCAACAACACGGUCAAUUUGAACGUAUCUUAUAAUAAUAUAACAUCCCUCCAAGCGAUAUCCGAUGACAGUACAUAUGACCAUCUGCGCUGGCUGGUAGCCGAUUACAAUGACAUUACCAGCCUCGUUGAACUAGAAGGAUCAAAGUUCAUAGACAAUUUUGGUCUCUUCUCUAUUACCAAUAAUAAAUUGCAUUCGAUCCAUCCAUACGUGUUCUCCGACCGUUUCGACUCAACCAGCGCCACCAUGCUGGUUGCUGGCAACUACAUACAUUGUGACUGUAACACUGAAAAAGUGCUUAAGCCAUGGUUAUUAGAAAACAAUAAAGCUAUACCGGACUACAAACAACUUAAGUGCGAAAAUAUACCGAACACAGCCGUCUUCGACCUGAAAGAAUUCCAAGUGUGUCACACGCCGCGGGACUGGACAGAUUAUAUCUACUACAUUAUUGGUCUGGAAACCCUCGUUUUAGUGUUACUAGUGAGUAAAGUCUCAUAUGACUAUUGGGUGUUCAAAACAGCUGGAUAUUUACCGUGGCCAGCUAAUAAGAUGCCUAGGCUGCCUUGCGAUUGGCUCUGUGAGUAACGUUUGACAUCUCUAAAUUUUAAUAUAUCUGUGGUAUUUUUUCUUUUAAUUUUAAAUUAGGCUGUAUGGAUAGUAGUCCUUUGCCUAAUUUUGAUUUUCGCGCCUAAUUCAACGGUGUCAUGGGAGGUGUGAAGCAACGCCGAAAAUGAAAACAGUGCAAUUGCUUUUUAUUUGUGAUUAAGAUGAUAUAAUAAAUGUAUGCUUAAUUAGAUUUUAAUAAAAAUAAUAAGAUAGAUCGGAAUAAAUUCGAUAAUUAGGCAACAUUAAGGUGUUAGCACCGUAGCCGAUGCCGAAGACACUUUCGCUAGUGUGAGUUUCCGUUUGUAUAGAAAACUUGCACAAUACAACACAAAGAACGCAUCCAUGCGUAUGUUAAUGAUAUGAAAUUCAUUAGAUCAGGAUAUUGGGGUGACAUCUUAAAACAGUACUGAAUCCAAUGGGAAAAUGACAGAGGUUUAUAGAUCGCCUAGCAUCACUUUUGCGUGAUGAUGAUGUGAUGACUAGGGCCUGUUUCGCUUCUUGCUGAUGAAGUCUCUGUUUGCCUCUUUAACACUGUUUGAUAUCAUAAUAAAUUAUGUACAUUUUAAAUGAUAGAUAAAUUAAAUAUAGGCUAUCGAGAAGCUGUGAACUCGCGAUAAAAAGUGCAAUUGUGGCAAUGAUCAAAAGAAAUUUGUAUAUUUUUCUAAUAAUUUUUAAAGAAUAGAAAGAAUUUGAUGACGAGGCGGGAUUCAAACCCGCGUCAUUUUGCCAUAACGUAGCAACGCCCAGCCUCGGCCACCUGUGUCCGCUUCAGCAAUCGAAUUUCUUCUACUCUUUAGAUUUCAUAUGCCUAAAGGGUAUCCUAUUCUUUUCUUUUUUUUAUUUCUCUUCUAUGAACCAUUUCAAUGCUAUAAAAAAUUAUAUAUUAAUCUAAAAUAUAUUUAUAAUUUUAAAAAAAUGUAGCAUUGAUAUAAUACCCCUAAGCAUAAUGUAAAGUAGUAACUAUUUUAUAUAUUUAAAAAUAUUUUCCAUAAUUUAUAAGUAAAUAACAUAGCUAUUUUAUAAAUGUAUAUAUUAUAUUGAUAACUAUAAGUAUAAUAUCAUGUACCUAUGUGCCUUAACUAGCAAAUCAUUAUAUUGUUUACGAAUUAAUUUCAUUUGUAGAAGUAAGUACAACGAAUGUUUUCUUUAAUAAACUAUUAUUUGAGUCAGGGUACAUGUUUCGGAUAUGUAGUUGUCUUUUAAAUAUGUUUUAUGAAAACUUGCCAUUUUUUCGGAAUCUCUGCUGUGCUCGAAAAUAACUUUCUGAUCUUAGAAAUAAUAAAAAAAGCAUAAUAUGUUUUUACAUCUACUCAAAGAUUAUAUGUACAUAACAUAAUUUUAUUUUUACGUUUGGUAGCUUUUGCUUUAAGAAAUAUAGACUUAAUGUCGCUUUAAGAGGCUUGAUUAGUAUAUUUAAGUUAUGAAAAUAUUAGGUAAUAAUGCUAUUGUUAAUUUAAUGUUACUCCACGACAAAAACGACAGGCAUUAUAAAGUAAAAAUGCAUUAAACGGAUAAAUUUAAUUAUGUUAUUGCGCAUUCAAUCCAGCAAUACCAAAUUACUAAGCCGUUUUGCUUUCCCCUGUCCUCUCGAACUAAAUUUUGAUAUCAUGCAAUUAAAAUACAUUUUUAGAUAGGUUACACAAAUAAACACCUCUGUUUAUUGUCGUUUAAUGUUUAAUGAUUAAUCGUUUAAUCAUGAUGAAAUUAUACAUCGUGGAUCUUAAUUGUCAAAUAUCAUUGUACUGUAAUAGUAAAUUGAUUAUGCAAAAGAUAAGUCUUUAUUUUUCAAAUA